AUGACUAAAGUGGAUUUGUUGCUUGAAAUGUUCCUUUUUUUGAGAAAUUCAUAUCAAACACCCCCAACUGAAAAUACCGGUGGUGCAGGAGAUAUUCAAUAUUCAUCUGUUUUAACUAAUGGCAAAUUGCCAAGUGAUGCUAGUGUCAUCCCCGGAAUUGUGAAACAGAUGUUCGAUAUAUUGGAGGCUCCUAAUGCAGAGCACAACAUGAAAGUAAACUCUAAUGGAGGAUUGGAAAGGGGGCAACUCGCGGAAGAGCGAAAAUCGUGGAGGAAGAAUCAUCCAUAUGGAUUCAUAGCAAAGCCAGAAACAGAAUCAGAUGGGUCUGUGAAUUUGAUGUGCUGGAAAUGCUUUAUUCCUAGCAAGGAAGGAACAGAUUGGGAAGGAGGACACUAUCCCCUGAGCCUUCAAUUCAGUGAGGAUUACCCAGACAAUUCUCCCAGUUGCAAAUUUCCUCACGGGUUCUUACAUCCAAAUGUUUACCCUUUUGGUCUUGUAUGCCUCUCAAUUAUUUGGAAACCAGCAAUUACUGUGAAGCAAAUUCUUGUGAGCAUUCGGGAUUUGCUUGAUAACCCUAAUCCAAGCAGUUCUGCAAAUCAUGAUAUUAACAUCCUUUAUUUGAAGAUGCAGGUCGAGAGGCAUCUCGUUAGGCGUCUGGACUCUUAAAGCGGAGUAGUUACUGGGUUGUUUUGUUAUGCUAUGAUGUAUAUAUAUGUACUUAGUUUCUCUCCGCAUAACUUCCUUUUUGAAUUCUCUUAUAGGUUUAUGGAGAGGCAGGACUGUGUAUAUGAACUUUUGGGUUUUGGAUAUGUAUAUAUAUAUAUAUGUGUAAAUAUUAUCCGGCCAGUCUUGACUUUGCGGGCUGAGUUAGGAGCUUGUUAUU